UCAGCCGCUCUUGUCUGUCAAUGUCCUCGCGCUAACUAACGAUAGGGAUGUUUUCUCGCUCCCUCGCUCUCUUACAGCAGUAAUGGAUUAUUUUAGUUAAUAGUUUAAGUAAAUACAAUAACCUGACAGUGUAGAAGAGCUCUGCCACGAUGUUCGGACGGUCCCGGGGCUGGGUAGGAGGGCAGGGCAAGUCCAGAAACAUCCACUCUCUGGAUCACCUGAAGUACAUGUAUCACGUCCUGACGAAGAACACGACGGUGACCGAUCACAACCGGAACCUGCUCGUCGAGACCAUUCGCUCCAUCACCGAAAUCCUCAUUUGGGGCGAUCAGAAUGACAGCUCGGUCUUCGACUUCUUUUUGGAGAAGAACAUGUUUGCGUUUUUCCUCAACAUCCUGCGUCAGAAGUCGGGCCGGUACGUCUGCGUGCAGCUCCUGCAGACGCUCAACAUCCUGUUCGAGAACAUAAGUCACGAGACGUCUCUGUACUACUUGCUGUCGAACAACCACGUCAACUCCAUCAUCGUGCACAAGUUCGACUUCUCUGACGAGGAGAUCAUGGCCUACUACAUCUCCUUUUUGAAGACGCUGUCGCUGAAGCUCAACAACCACACAGUGCAUUUUUUUUACAACGAGCACACUAAUGAUUUUGCCCUGUACACGGAGGCCAUUAAGUUUUUCAACCAUCCAGAGAGCAUGGUCAGGAUCGCAGUCAGGACCAUCACACUCAAUGUGUACAAAGUGGACAACCAGCACAUGCUGCACUACAUCCGGGACAAAACGGCCGUGCCCUACUUCUCCAACCUGGUCUGGUUCAUCGGCAGCCACGUCAUCGAGCUGGAUAAGUGUGUGCAGACAGACGAAGAGCAUAAGAACCGAGGGAAGCUGAGCGACCUGGUAGCCGAACACCUGGAUCACCUGCACUACCUGAACGACAUCCUCAUCAUCAACUGCGAGUUCCUGAACGACGUUCUGACCGAUCACCUGCUAAACCGCCUCUUCUUGCCGCUUUACGUCUUCUCACUGGUCAGCCAGGAGCAGAGUGAAGAGCGUGAAGUGAAGAGCGUGAAGAUUAACCCUCAGGUGUCACUCUAUCUGCUCUCCCAGGUGUUUCUGAUCAUACACUUCCAGCCCCUGGUGAACACUCUGGCUGACGUUAUACUGAACGGAGACCUGACUGUGUUUAUUACCCAGACAGAGCAACACACACAUAAGAGCUCAUCUAACGCCGGAGUGCGACGCUUCACCAAGCCGCCGGAGAGCCUAGAGCGCUCGUUAGAGAUGAGUCGGCAUCGAGGCAGGAAGAAGACGCAGAAGCGGCCGAACUACAAGAACGUGGGCGAGGAGGACGAGGAGGAGAGGGGAGCCGAGGAUGGUCCAGACGAGGAGAAGGAGAAGGCUAAAGGUACAGAGGCUAGCUCAAAGGCCAGCAGGACGAGUGGGGACACGGAAGAGAUCGAGAUGGUCGUGAUGGAGAAGUGUAAGAUCUCAGACGUGUCGGAGCAAAACAUCACGGACGAGGAGAAAACCGCUGCAGCCGCCGCCGGAGCCGAGGGACAGAGGAGCAGGCCCUUCUUGGACAUGGUGUACAACGCUCUGGAUUGUGAGAAGGAGGAUUACCACGCCCUCUUUGUUCUCUGCCUCCUUUUCGCCUUGUCUCACAGCAAAGGUAUAAACCCGGAGCUGCUGGAAAAAAUCCAGCUGCCGGUUCCAGGUCAGGAGAGGAGCAGCUACAGUCAUGUUCUGGUGGAGAGACUGAUCAGAGUCAUGAACCACGCUGCUCUGCCAGACGGGCGUGUGCGCUUGGCCACCCUGGAGCUGAGCUGUCUCCUCCUGAAGCAGUCGGUGCUGUCCGGCCCUCGGUGCAUCGUCAAGGACGUCCACCUGGCCUGUCUGGAGGGUGCGAGAGAAGAGAGUCUUCAUCUUCUACGACGGUUUUACAAGGGAGAGGAGAUCUUCCUGGAUAUGUUUGAAGACGAGUACAGGAGCAUGACGAGUAAGCCUCUGAAUGUGGAGUAUCUCAUGAUGGAUGCGUCCAUACUCCUGCCCCCUACUGGAACGCCACUGACCGGGAUCGACUUUGUGAAGCGGCUGCCGUGCGGAGACGUCGAGAAAACGCGCAGGGCCAUCCGUGUGUUCUUCAUGCUGCGGGCUCUGUCGCUGCAGCUGCAGGGGGAGCCGGAGACACAGCUGCCCCUGACGCGUCCUGAAGACCUCAUCAAGACCGAUGACGUCCUCGACCUCAAUAACAGCGACCUGAUCGCCUGCAUGGUGGUGAGUAAAGACGGCGUUCAGGCGCAGAGGUUCCUGGCUGUAGACGUCUAUCAGAUGAGUCUGGUGGAACCAGAGACCAAGCGUCUGGGCUGGGGGGUCGUCAAGUUCGCAGGUCUCCUGCAGGACAUGCAGGUGUCGGGGGUGGAGGACGACAGCAGAGCCCUGAACAUCACCAUCCACAAACCGACGUCGAAUCCGCACGCCAAACCCGUUCCCAUCCUGCAGGCGUCCUUCAUCUUCGCCGACCACAUCCGCUGCAUCAUCGCCAAGCAGCGGCUGGCUAAGGGACGCAUCCAGGCGCGGAGGAUGAAGAUGCAGAGGAUAGCGGCUCUCCUCGACCUUCCCGUACAGCCGUCGUCUGACGUGUUAGGCUUUGGACAGUCCUCUUCCUCAUCCUCAUCUUCGUCCUCGUCCCAGCUGCCCUUCCGAUUCUACGACCAGGCUCGGCGAGGCCCGGCCUUCGCCUCCGUCGAUAAAGUGCCAGGUUUCGCAGUGGCCCACAUGGUUCAGAAACGCAGUUCCUCCCCAAGUUCCAGCUCGAGCAUCACAACUCACUCCGACUCCAUCGCCACCAGCGCUGUGCCAGCGCACAGCACACCAGUGCCGACCCCACCCUUGGCGCCGAGCCUGACCCCCGCUGCCCAGCCCACUAUCUCGCUGCUGUCUGACGCCGACUCUCUCAGCUCCGACUCGCUCACCCUGCUGCCCCCAGCCGACCCGCCCUGUCUGCGGCACUUCAUCCAGGACGAUGCUGCACCCGACACCCGUGCCACGCCCAGCCCAGAGUGCGCAGAGCCCUCGAACGACCCCAGGUCCUGUCCCAGUCCUGAUUCAGGAGAGAUCAGAACACACGAUGGACCUCAUUCUGAUUCUGAACCAGCAGUAGAUUCUGAAAGGUCAAGCGAGAAGGUCGUGACUGAAAUUCCUGCUCCAGACUCAGAGGAGAACCUGAACCUGGAUCUAGAUCUGGAGCAGGAGACUGAGAUCGACUGAGACGCUUUUGUUCCGUCUGUGUUUGUUGGUUCAGGAACCAGCUGAAACCCGAAUGUCUGACUUCUGACUGGUUGCAUUCUGGUUCCUGUUUGUUUUUCUCAGCGGUGGCUUACAUCAUGGCCCGUGCCUCAUCUUUGUUUAAGAACAUUCUGAAAUAUCUUCUUCGACAACAGUAGGGUUAUUGAUCUUGUCCUUCAAAGCACAUCUUUGUUUCCGCUCUGAGCUUCAUUGUUGUUGUUUUUUUUUGUUCCUCUCUCUAUCUCGAUCUUUCUCUCUGCUGUGGUGCUGUGAUGCAUGAGCGAGUUCUGAAUUCUGACCGCAUGAGUGUUUCAGCAGGAUUAUGCGAGAGGCCUGUGUGUUGUGUGAUUGAGGAGAGUGUUUUUUUUUUUUUUGUUUGUUUUUUUGUUUUUUUUUAUAAAUCUGUGGGUGAGGGAAUACCCUCUUGCUUUAACCGGGUCUUAACACUGAGGAAUGUACCAUGAGCUCUGGGUCUGUCCGGCGGUGCUCCCUCCUGGACGACUGUCUCACUUUGACUGAAACACACGUUUGCACUUCAGGAGCAGCAGAUUAGGGUUUUUUUUUUUUGGUUUGUUUUUUUGGAAGACUGUAAGUGAGAAAAAAAAUCCAGUAAGAAGAACUCUCGAAAUCACCUGUAACCGUGCAUGCAACUGUGUCGAAUCCCACUGUUCAAAUCUGCACGUACAUCAUCAUCGUCAUCAUCACCGCACCUCAGUGCUCUAACGUACUCACGUCUUGGCACUUGGCUUGACCUCGGUUUCGUAAUUUAUAUUUCAUGGUUUCACAUACCCGAAACAAGUUCAUGUCGCUUUUGGAGCCGAUUCAGUGUGAUUUAGCAAAAGGAAAUGGAAAAUAUGACGAGCCUAUUCCCAGUGCCAAACACGCAGGCAAUGCAACGCGCAGGAAAAAAAAAAUCUGAUUAUUAUUUUUUUUUUUUCUUUCUAAUUUUCUUUUAUUUUAUUUUUUUAAGAGUUUGGUUUGAUGAAAAUAUUCAAAGUGUGCAGCUUUUUGAUGAAAAUAUUCAAAGUGUGCAUCUUUACAGUUUAAACAGUUACACUUCCUUCUAGGAUGCUCUGAACCCCAAAGAGUGCACAAAGUACCAAGAACUUCAGUGUUAAACCCGUGACACGUGACGUUAAACCCGUGACUCGUAUUAAGGAGAGGCAAACCAUUACCCUGUUCAUGCACACACUCCUGAGAAAAAGGGGGUUCCGUAUGAGUUCUUUAAGGUGCCACUGGAAAAUUAGGAGAUUUUAACUUCUAAAAAAAUAUAAAAGUUCUACUUGGAACCCAACACGAUCCACUGCAUGAUUUACAGUCAAGUGUUGAAACAUUCGAGCUUUAACUCUAGUUCAGGAAUAAUAAUUAACACAGCAUGUGGGGUUGGUGGGGGCGGGGUAAUGGUUUGGGUAUGUAACGUUGUGCAGCGGUCAAAGCUUCUUUUUUUUAAUCAAAAUUUAUAUAUAUUUACAUUUUAAUUUUUUGCAUCAAAAGUGGAAAAAAACACACUGGAACAGGACGUUUAUAAAAUCAUGAUGCAUACAAGUUUGAAUCGGAUUACACCUGGGUGUCUGAUUGGCUGGAGAGAGAACACAUGACAUGUAGACAUGAAUUCCCACACCAGUAAACUUUUGACUAAAAAAACAAAUCUAUUGCUGUUUUAAUUGCUAAACUAAUUUACAUAUUUCUCAUCAGUUAUUAGUUUGAUAUUCUAAUCAGAUAUUAAUAUUGAUUGUUUUGUGUUGUGGAUUUGUAGUAUUUGCAGUGUACAGUAUAUCUGACAUGACUGAAAUGGCUCACGUUUUAUAAAAUACACACAUUAACACGUCAGUAAUGUGUAAACGGGUGUGGGAAAUUUGGUGGGGGAGGGACUUUCUCUCUCUCCUGUCAAUCACAGCAACACUGGCCAAUCAUAGGCAUGUUUGUGGAUAGCACGCGUUAGCGGGUGUGUGUGUGUGUAUGUGUGUGUAUAUAUAUGUGUACGUGUGUGUGUUGCUGUCUGAUGCCCAGGUGAGAGCUGGAAGGUGUUCAUGAACUGACGAAGGAGAAAUUCGUGCAAAACAAAAUGUUAAAAGGAAAAAUUUUUUUCGAAAUUGUAUGUUUUUGUUUAAUCCAUGUGUUUGCUUUUGUAGCGCAUUUUAGUGCUUCACCCCGAAGUGGUUUCCUUCUAACCACAGUUACUCAGAAGAUCAGUUUUGAGAGGAGUUGUCUGAUUUUUGUGAAGCUGUGAUGAGAGAUUCACGCUUCUUUUUUUUUCUUUUUUUUAACAAUACGUCCUCUGUGUUCUGUAAACAGUGCAGAACAUUUUUCACUAAUGCCAUUGUUACUUUGCAGUGUGAUGAUGAUGAUGAUGAUGAUG